UCUAUUGUUUUCACCUCCCGAAAAAGUAUAACGCUUCGGCGUCGAGAAAAAUAAAUUAAAAUUCAUUCUCACAGAAAUAUGGUUCGCGGAGCUCUCCGAGGUGGACGCCCCAUGCGUGGGGGCAUUCGUCCGCCAUUCAAGAAGACCUUUGUGCCGCGCCAUCCGUUCGAUUUGACCCUGGCAGAGGUGUGUUUUCCAAAAGUUCCUCUCGCCGGCGCUGUGGAUGAUUCUGCUCUGACUGCGGCACUUCUGAAGCGCAACCAGGACCUGAGCCCCAAUCCCAACGAGCAGACGGCCAUUGGAAACCUGGUCACCAAAGUGCAGGCUGUACUGGACAAUCUAGUGGUCGCCCCCGGAGAUCUGACAACUUGUCAACUGGAGGAGGUACGCCAAGUGGGCUCCUUCAAGAAGGGCACUAUUCUUACCGGCAACAAUGUAGCCGACGUGGUGGUAAUUCUCAAGACGCUGCCGACCAAGGAGGCGGUAGACGCCUUGGCCAAGAAGGUGGAGACUGACCUUAAGGCCAGCAUGAAGACCGAGGUACUAACCAAGGGAGACCAGCAUACUAUCCAGACCCACGAGCGCGGCUUCGACAUCGCCAAUGUUCAUGCCAAGGUGCGCAUCCUGAUUGCCACCUUACCACAGAACUUGCGUAAACUGGAGCCAGAGAUUCACAUGGACCACAAACUGAUGCAGAGCCAUCUGGCCGCCAUCCGUCAUACGCGUUGGUUCGAGGAGAACGCUCACCACUCUUCGAUCAAGGUACUUAUUCGAAUUCUCAAAGAUCUCACUCGGCGCUUCGACGCCUUCGCUCCGCUGUCGGCCUGGAUGCUGGAUUUGAUUGCUCAUUUGGCCAUUAUGAACAACCCGUCGCGUCAGGCACUGCCCAUCAAUCUAGCCUUCCGUCGCGUCUUCCAGUUGCUCUCCGCCGGCCUCUUUCUGCCUGGCUCUGCCGGUAUCACCGACCCGACGGAACCGGGUCACAUCAGAGUACACACUGCCAUGACUCUGGAGCAGCAAGAUGUGUGCUGCUACACGGCCCAGACCCUGCUCCGUGUGCUAGCCCAUGGCGGGUACAAGCACAUCCUGGGUAUGGAGGGCAACACCAGUAUUGUGCGCGAAAUGUCCGUCUGGAACGGCGUGUGCGUCUCACCGCUCUCGGCUGUCUACGAGAAGCCCACAGAUAAGAAGGAGGGUGACAUUGAAGAGGACAUCGAGAUGAUCGAGAACGAGAACGAGGACGAUGGAGGCAGUGACGAAGGCGCCGAGUAAUUACUCCACUUUCCCAUUCAUAUUCGAUAGAACUUUAUAUAGCACCUACUCAUGUAUGCAUGUAUUUUACAAAGCAACCCAUUGACUAAUGAAUUAGCAUGCUCCCAGUUAUGGGUUCAUCCUCACAAACAGAGA